AAUAUAAAUAAUGAGUUAACUUUAGAAUUACAAAAUCUCGUUGAAAUUAAAUGGCUUUCAUUAUCAAAUGUUAUAAGAAAUCUUCAUAAAAUCAUUGAUUCAGUUUUAUUAACAUUAAAUGAGGAUUAA